GCUGUGAAACUACAUUUCCUACUGUGUCAGACCGUGUGCCGUAAAACUGUUGAGCGAAAGUGUUUCCUCCGGGACGAACAACAAACAUUUACCACCUGUGGUUGGACACCGGCAGGCACCACGUAUCCAGUCGUUAUAUGAUCAUCAGCAGCAGCGGGAGCAGAGCCGUAUAACGGAUACUAACGCUCCAAAGUCUGAACUCCUCCUCCUCUUCCUCCUCCUCAUCCUCACCAUCCCGUUGGGCGCAUCUGCAGGCUGCGGGAUUAGAGCGAUAUGAGUUUACACGGCCACGCUGAAACUUAGCUUUUCUUCUCCUCUCCUCCCGCUGGAUGUGCUUCAAAUAGAGAUGCAACCUCUCUAAUAGGAAACGACUGGGAAUCCUAUAGCUCAGUUCAAAUAUUGGCACAUUCAAUCCUCCUCCAUUGCGCUGAAGAUGGGAUUGCGCGUGUUUGGCACCUCGUUUUACGCGUAUGCGUGUGUGUGUGUGUUUGUCUUCAUCCUGCGCGCCGCUCACUCUCAGAGGAGCCCGGCGGCUCAGCAGGAGCCCCAGCCACGGGCGGCUCUCCGGCAGACGCUGCAGUGGUCGCACAACGGCAAGAUCUUUAGCCUUUUGAGCCACGGCUCGGAGUACCAGACGCCGCGGCGCAGAGGCGCGCCGCGGGAGCAAGUGCAGGCGCGGCCGGUCGCCAUCAUCCGCGACGCCGCCGACGCGAAGCAGCCGGACGCCCGGGGCGAGCAGCGGCAGGAGCCGGCGGCGCAGCGGCAGCAGCAGCAGCGGCCGCCUCGCGGUCACGGUCCUCCGCCGGCGCUCCGGCGACUCGCGGGGGGACGCGCGCAGCGGCCGCGUCACCGCGAGCGGCCCGGUGAGCGCACGGGGACGCAGAGGAGCGGCGGAGUCAACGGGACGCAGGCGAGGCCCACGGUCAGUCCGCCUCCACCCGGGAGGGACGACAUGAUGGUCGGCGACGACCCCUACGACCCCUACAAGUCCAUUGACAGCGAGAAUCCUUAUUAUAAUUAUUAUGACGUCUACGAGAGGCCGAGGUCGAGAUCGAGACCUGGAUAUGGCACAAGAUACCAUCAGUACGGUCUUCCUGAUCUGGUGCCUGACCCGUACUACAUCCAAGCCUCUGCCUAUGCCCAGAGAGUGCCCAUGUACAACCUGAGGUGUGCCGCCGAGGAGAACUGUCUGUCCAGCUCGGCCCACAGGGCCAGGGACUACGACAGCCGCAUGCUGCUCCGGUUCCCCCAGCGAGUCAAGAACCAGGGGACGGCCGACUUCCUUCCCAACCGGCCACGCUACUCCUGGGAGUGGCACAGCUGUCACCAGCACUACCACAGCAUGGACGAGUUCAGCCACUACGAGCUGCUGGACGCCAGCACGCACCACUCGGUGGCCGAGGGCCACAAGGCCAGUUUCUGCCUGGAGGACACGUCCUGCGACUACGGCUACUACAGGCGCUACGCCUGCACCGCACACACACAGGGUCUGAGCCCAGGUUGUUACGAUACCUACAAUGCAGACAUCGACUGCCAGUGGAUUGACAUCACAGAUGUGAAACCUGGAAACUAUAUCCUCAAGAUCAGUGUUAAUCCAUACUACCAGGUCCCAGAGUCAGACUACAGCAACAACAUUGUGCGAUGCGAUGUUCAGUACACGGGCAACUACGCCUACUUGUCAGGUUGUCACAUGUCAACAUAUUAAGAAACAAGAAUCACUAACAGCAACUCAGCGCAGAUGUUCUGUAAAUGGCAACAACGAGGACCAAAGAAGACAUACUUUUAUUUUUUUUUAUAAUUUUAAGUCCACAUUAAAUAGUAGGAAUCAUCCGAUUUAUAGAGCAAGGUGAUGUUUAAUUCUUCUCCGCUUGUCUGGGAAGGUGAUAUUGUUCAUUUUGCAUACAGUACUUCUGUUACAUUAUACUGUUUGUAUUUCCUUCACAUUGUAAGAUAAAUAAUAAAAGUCAAUAAAACUGAAGCUUGAAAUAGAUAAACAUGAA